GCGCGUCUUGCAGGGUUUGACGUGACAGCAUUAAAUAAUUGAGAGCUGGGAACACGAGCGGGCAUGUUCGCGUGUGUUCAGUGUAUGCGCUUUAAAGUGCACAACAAAGCUGGCGAGGUUUGGAAGAAUUUACUUUCUCUAUUUUCACUUUCACAAAGAGCAGACGAGUCUGCUGUAAGCCGUGGGGGCGGGAACAUGUGAAGCGAACUCCUACUGCUGCUGGCCUCAGACAUCAUGGACACGGGCACAGAGAGCAGACUCCCGCAGGAGUCCUGCUGCUUUAACAGGACUUUUUCCACCCUGACCGUCGAUGAUGUGUACGAAAUAGCCAAGCUGGUCGGCGCUGAGGUGGAGAAGCUCAUCGACGGCUACGGCAAAGAGAGCGUGGAGGGUCUGGUUCCGAAGAUAGUGAAGGUGCUGGAGCUGCUGGAGAGCUUCGUCUCCGGUAACCAGUCGCUCUGUCUGAGGGAAGAGGAGCUGCUGAAGACGUUUGAGCAAAUCCAGCUUCAGCAGCAGAAGAAGCGCUGGGGGAAGGACGGCGAGGAGGGCUACGAGAAAAAUGAAAUCCGGGAGCUGCAGCAGAAGGAGGAACAGUGGGAGAGGAGAUGUGAGGAGCUGCAGGCCAGGUUGCAGAAGCUCCAGGAUGAUAAGAAGGAGCUGAAGAGCAGGCUGGAGGGCACCUAUGCCCAGGAAGAUCGUACUCAGAGGCAGGAGCGGGAGGUGAUGCUGAAGCUGAAAGGGGUGGUGGACAAGCAGAGAGACGAGCUGAGGGCGAAAGUCCAGGAGAUCACCACAGUCUCCAAAGAGGUGGAAGCGCUCCAGGAGCAGUUGGACCGCUUCAUGAAGAUGAACGAAGAGUUGCGGCACAAGCAGAACGUGCUGCAGACGCAGCUGAAGAGCAUGGUGGAGAGGAAGGCCGACGUGGAGACGGACCUGAAGGAGAAAAACAAGGAGAUAGAAAGGCUCCAAAGACAGCUAAACAAAGCCAACGCACAGCUGAACAAAGCCGACGGAAACAGCUCUCUGCCCAGUCCAAGUCAAACUGCUAAAGAGUUGGCCGAAAAGCCAACCGUUGAGCAGAACGACUUUGAUCAGCCGUGCUUCACAAAGAAGGAGGUGCGGGAGAUUCUGUUUGAGAGGAACGAGCUGAAAACCAACCUCUUCCUGGUGCAGGAGGAGCUCAACUACUACCAGAGGGAGAUUUUGAAUGAGGAGAGGUGUCCAGGCUUCCUUUUGGAAGCUGUCCGGUCGGCAAUCAAAGAGCGAAGGAAGCUGAUAAAGGCGAAGAUGCUGGGGAUUCCACUGAGCGACUGCAGCAUCAGCGAUAAGGAAGAGACGAGUUCCCUGAACGGGCAGACAGAAGUGGAGCACUCAGAAGUAGACGGGCCUAGCAAACCAGCUGAGUCACGCAUUCGGCACCUCUUCGGCUUUCUGACGCGCGCGAACAGGAACCCCACCCACAUGAGCAACUCUGCCUCCAGCUGGGAGAUCCUGGGAGAAACGGAGGCCAGCGAGGAGACGGAGCCACAGCCGACUUCUUAACGCCGGUCGGGAGAGGCUGCUGCGAGGUUUCUCUCUGCUUUCAGCCGCUCCUCGCCCUGCAGCUCGUAGCAGAGCACCUGUUGGAUCAGAGAAAGUUAUUUUAACGCUCCUCGUGCUUGGGUGAAACAAAACUAAGUAUCUUAGGAGGAGAAGACAUAAUAAUAUGUCAGUAAUUUUAAUAAACAAACCCUCUAACUCUCAC